CCAGAUGCUAUCGAAUGGGUUGGAUCGUGGCCCGAUCGGGGCUAGCGCCGAAUUAUUAUUUUGUGAUGACCGCCCAUCUGCCUGCCUACCAGCCUGCGCCUGCCACUCUGCCGACCGCUUCGCUCGCUUCCUCCCCAGCCAGACGCCCGUGUCCAGCACCACCACCACCACCACUUCUUCUUCUUCCUCCUUCACCACCAAUACAUACCUUUCACAGUCUUUGAUUCAUUCAUUCAUAGACUGGCCCGCUUUCUUUUUACUUGUCUGCUGA